AUGGCGGAUGCGGAGGAGAAGUUUAAGGGUAUGCUUUCGAGGCAAAGCAAGACGCUUGAAGAUGCUGUCGUUGAAUACAGGAAACGAUAUGGACGCGAGCCUCCAAAAGGGUUUGGAGAUUGGUGGCAGUUUGCGCAGGAAAACCAUGUGAAACUGGUGGACGAGUUUGACGCCAUUAACGAAGACCUCGCACCAUUCUGGAAUAUGUCGCCCGUGGAGUUUCGAAGGAGGGCUGUCCAAGUCAGCGAACUUCCGUCUAUCGAUUUGAUCCGCAUCGCAGGUGGGAAGGCCGAAACCGUCUCCCUUGAUAAGUUGGAUGGAGAGCGGGGACAUAGAGCAUUGGGGUUUAUGGGUUUGCUCGCGAAAUUUGAAAACAAGCUCCCUGACAUGUACUUCGCCAUCAACUCGAAGGCGGAGGGCAGGAUAUUGGUACCUUGGGAACAUCGUCAGUUUCCUAACAUGACACUGCAAGAUUCGUCAGGUGGAAUAGCUACCAUGGUUGGAGAUGGAUUCACUUCUGAUUGGAAGGGGCAAGGAAGUGUUUGGGCGGCGUAUCGCCGAACGUGUCCUCCCGACACUGAAGCCCGUCGCCUCUACAGUUCAUACCGUAAUCCCAAUGCUGAGAGUUCAAAAGUCUUCUUUGGCUCCGCUCAAGCUCAGGCAGACGAAAUUACCUUUGUGCCAACCGUCGAUGAUUCCAUUGAUUACUGUUCGCAUCCUUGGGCUCACUACUCCCAGGGCCACUUUUUCUCGGACUGGCGCACAAUACCAGUGCUUUACCCCGUUUUAUCCCCGGCGAAGGCCGCAGGAUUUCUGGAUAUUAGGAUUCCGAGCCACUAUUACUUGGGACAAAGUCCCAGGUACACCUACGGAUUCGAUCCCGCGAGUAAUGACCCCAAAGACGUCGAUGACUUGGAGUUACCAUGGGAAGAAAAGAUAAAUCUGAUUUUCUGGCGUGGUGCGGACACUGGUGGUGGUAGCACUCCCCCAGGCUUUGCGUCGCAUUACCAACGACACAGAUUUCUCCACAUGACACACGAGAGCGCGGCAGGAAACCGGACGAUCAUCCAUGCCGACCCUUCAAGCUCUGAUAACUUUAUCACCACCACCGUGCCCGCGAGACAGCUAAAUGCUGAGAUAAUGGACGCUGCAUUUGUCUCGACGACUGGCGGGUUUCCUGGUGGCGAGGAAGCACUUAGAAAAAGUCACCGCUUCGCACCACCCGUCCCCCUCGGUCAGCACUGGGCGUACAAAUAUCUUAUCGAUCUUGAUGGUAUGGGUUACUCGGGACGUUUCUUGGCACUUUUAUCUAGUGAAAGCGCCGUCAUCAAAAGUACUGUGUGGCGAGAGUUCCUCACAGAUUGGCUGCAGCCAUGGUUACAUUAUAUACCUUUAUCCUCGUCCUACGCCGAGAUAUACAACAUCCACGCGUAUUUCUCAGGACCUACGCCCUCAACUCUGGAAGCUGCAAACUUGACUACAACGCACACGCUACGGUCACUAGAAGGCGAUCGGCAUUUACAGCGCAUCGCACGUGCAGGCAGACAGUGGAGGAAAACAAUCGGAAGGACUGUUGAUAUGGAAGCAUACGUCUACAGACUAUGUUUGGAGUAUGCGAGGCUUUGGGCAGAUGAUCGAGACUCUAUGAAUUUUGUCAUGUAG